AUGACUUCUUCUUCUGCUGCCAAUGCGACACUCAGAGCUGUCACCUACCGCAUCACUUCGGCCACCCCAGAACAACUCCCUCUUCUGGCCACGCAGCUCGCAGGAUCACUCUGGAACUGCAGAGAGAUACUGUCCGCUCCCGCCGACUCGAAGAAUGACGCGACAGCGCUCGUGCAUCGCCUCAGGACCAAAAUCACAUCUAUCCUGCAAGACCGAACCAUUGAAGGCCGAUGGGCUGCAGUUGUACUGGUCAAAGCCACCAUCGAAGCCGGAGGCGUUGACUUUCUGAGCAAGUCGAAUGCAUGGGUUCGCAGUCUGCUGGCUAUCCUCAAGAGACCCGAUCCAUCUACGACCAGAUGUUUGGCCGUCAUCGCAUUGACAAGGAUCUUCACUCUGACAUGGGACUACUCGAACCUGGUACGGGAGAUCACGACACCCGCACUUCCUGGCUUCAUAUCCACCUGUCUCGCCAACAUCAAAAAGGAGAGAUGUCCCUCGACUGAGCUCAACACCGUCUUGGAGGCAUUUGCUACGCUGCUACCGAGACAUCCUACCAUUUUCCGGACGCAUGAACCUCAGAUUGAGGCGGUGUUGAAUGAAGUGCUGUCCUCAGGACCUACUGGACCUACAUUGCACCACUCGCAAAAGCUCAUUGGUACUGCGCAGCGUGUCAGAGUUCUACUUCACCACUGCGCACCGAAGCAAGGAGCCGGUGAACAGUGGGACAGAACUUUCCAGGCUACGGUCAGGGCUGUCCAUACCACGUGUGAUCGCCUAUUCAGGGGUGUAAACGAAGACUGGGGCGCCGUUGGUGGAACUCAUAAGUCGACUGACCGAGCUAUCUUCUCCGCCAACGAAGCGGGGCUUGACUCACAAGAUGAAGCCUCCUUUGGACCCUGGACUGGUAUCUUCGCAGGACGAGAUCGGCUUGUCAAUCUGGUUGGCAUCCUGCAGUCUCAUUUACAAACAACGACUGCAAGUGCUGUUGCGUUGCGUGUCGGAUCGCUGAUCGAUGCCAUCACGAGACUGAUGGGUACAACCACGGUAUCGGGUCUCGCCGGCGCCAAAGUCAAUGCUGAAGUAUCCAGAGAGGAGAGAGAGGCUUUGUCCACAGUCAUACCGAAUGUCCAUGUGGCUACCAUGAGCCUCGUCCAUGCGCUGUUGCGACGGCUCGGCUACGCGUCGGCAUCAUACGCUCAGAGCAUCUCAGAGUUGAUCGUUGAGGUCUACCGGGCAGAGCACUUCGACGAUGAGCUGAAAAAAGCUGCCUAUGGAUGUCAAAGUUCAUUGCUGAGACUCUUCGGUCCGAGCCUACCCAGAGAGAAUAUUGCUGAGCUUACGAGCAUGAUACAAGGCUGCUGCGGUGACAUGAUGCAAAGCGAUGCGUCGGCCUCCCACGCUGAUGGCAAGUUGGCAGGCUCACAGCCCGUUGCUUUGAAACAAGCCGCAAUUUCACAGCAUCGUGAUGGCCUUCUCACCGCCGCCAAUCGCCUGGUCUCGACAUUCGUCACCGAAGUCAACCCGGCCUUCGUCCCUCGGAAGCUUCGAACGCAGAUUGAGCGUACUGCAGUGUUGACCAGAAGUAAAGACGUCCUGCUCGCUUGCGUACUCAACCCAGCACGAAAGGAGGUUGGUGGCAGAUUGCAGACAAGCUUGGUUCCGUUGCUUGCAAAAGAGUAUCCCGACACGCGUGAAGUGGAGGCAAUGUUGAGGCCGCGACUGCCACCGGUAGUCGUACAGAAUCCUGGCGGUUUCGAAGACGCAGACAUGGACGCGAGCGAUGAAGGGGAGCCCAGUGAAGAACUUUCGCCUGCAGCGAAUGGUACAAACGGCCAUCAUCCCGCCGAUGAUCUGUUGAGCGCUCUGAUCCAGCCUUCCAAUCCUACGUCUGAUCGCGAAGAGCAAGAAGAGCUUUACUCCACAACGCCUCCUCCGCAGGUCGAAGGCUCCGCUCAAAGCGCCAUGACAACUGGCCAGACUGAGGCCAAAAAGAUCGUUACACCCGCAAAACGUGCAGCGGAUCCAACAUCGGCUGACUUGGAGGCGUCUGUCAAACGAAGGCGGGGCUCGCCCGUGGCUGAAGCGAUUGCAGGAGGUCCUGCAUCGGCCUUACCAGGACCGGAUGCGGCGGCGAUGAAGGCAGAUGUUCCUGUCACGGUGGCCGCAGGCCAAGCUCAAGCAGUUAAUGGAGAAGAUGCGACUGUCGUUGCGCCCUCAGCAUUGAACGUUCCUACGCAAGGCAUCCAGGAGUCCGCCGCGGGUGCAGGGCCCGAGGGAGACGUAGGAAGCGACGACAGUGAUUUCGAGAUGCCGCCUCUAACGAUGGAGCCGGAUACCGACCCUGAGGAUGACGAGGAGGCGGAAUAG